AUGGCGAGCCGUACGCUGUUUCAGGCGCCCCCCACGUUGGCCGCCCCCAAAGCAUCAGAUCGCCCGGCCGUACCUACAUAUCACCCUGUGGACCCUCUUCUCGGAAACCUCUCACCAGAAUCGACCCUUCAGGCACUCUUGUCGUCCAUCGACGCGGUCCCCAACGAUGAGCAAGCCGCCCAAGAUAUUCUAGCCAAAAGCAUCUCUCAGGCCUCCGCAGCAGAACGGGCGCUCGGUAUACGCGCCGCAUUAGCGGCCCAAAAGCUUGGAGACUGGUAUAAAGAGGUUCAUUCAUGGCCAUGGCCGAAAAGGCCCCAUACUGGCCUCGGAAAGGGGUUCAUUCCCCCAGCGGACGAUACCGGAUAUUGGGGUAGCCUUCCGUCGACCGUAGUUGAGGAGCAUGAAAAACGUAUUCAAGAGAUUCGUGACGGAAUGGAUGGUUUGGAAGUCGAAGAACUUAAGGAACAUGUCCUAAAUGCCCACAUUCCAGGCCGGUCUCGGCCUUCGUCAGCUAACAGCACCAUGUCCGUGCCUCCCCCACUCAGCUAUGUUCAGUUGAGCGACUUCACCGCUGUCAUUACUGCUACUAUUCUCCGUGCUUUACCGCUUCUAUCCCGCUUGAACUCCCUGCUGUCUACAUGGCAUGCCCGAUUAGUGGUCUGCAGGCAAAUACCCGGUCUGCUACGGGACUUGCGGUUCGUUAAAUCUGAAGUGAAGUCAGCUUUUGAUCUAGUGAAAUCUUCGACUCCUCCUACUGAAAAGGACGACUUGUACUCAGUCACUAACUACCAUGCCAAGCGGACCAGUCUCGAAUCAACCGUGGUAUCGGCGGGUCGCCGUAUGGACCGUAUCCUAGACUCGCUUGAGGGGCGCGAGGAUUCCCUCCCUGAGAAUUGGAUUGAUGAUCUAGAAGCUGUCGAGGCGGACUUCGCAUCUUGGGUGAUGCAAGCUGAAAGGCGGGCCAUCGAAAACGAAUGGCGCCGGCUGUCAACUCGCCCAAUGGAGACUAUCGUUGAAGAGAUCAGCAGCCCUAUUGACCAUGCCCCACUUGCCCAACGUGCUGGGAAUAUCAUGAAAAUGGUUCCUGCAUCGCCGACCCCGUUACCUGCUGACCGACUUCCCACGUUCGAGGCUCGGGAAGUGCAGGUCAUGAAGCUAGAGUCAGCGAGCGAGACUGUGGGCGAAAGUACCGUCCUCGAUGACACCGCUUCUGUCGAUGCAGCUCCAGAGGCAAUGGCCGAAAAUCCUGGCUUCAGUGCCGCAGAACCCAGAGUUGCAGCACAUGAAACUAUCGUCGAAGACGCUAUGACAGCGGGUACCUACGAGGCCGACGUUGUUUCGGAUGCGCCGCUAGAGACCGUGGUCAAAAACAGUGUCUGCGAUACCACAGCUUCCUCAGAAGCCCCCAAAGCCGUAGUCAAGAACGGUGUCAAGCUGACUGCGCCCACGCGCUGUGUCACGCCGCCUACCGAUAACGUGGCGUCUUUACCGAAUCUCUUUCUACGCCAUGAUGAUAGCAAAGCGACUACUGAACGGCCGCAGCCCGAAGAGUCGGGGCAAGACGAGAAAAAUGCAAAGAAGCCCUUGGAUAGCCCAAUCAAGCUAUCGGAGAAACAGAAAUCUCGUAUCCGACGGCCAUCCCACACAUCUGAUGGCUCUCUAUCGGACUUCCCAUCACUUGUGUCGAGUCCGGAAAUGCCGGAGCCACGAAACUCUUCUUCAAACGGAACACCGCUACUUCUUGAAACACCACCAUCUAGGCCGACUAAGUCGUCGUGCCACAAUCACGACCAUGGCCUACGUGAAGAUCGCCUCCUUCAUCUAGAUGCCCAGAAGCCUUCUCCACGGGAUGCGUUUGGACAUGGUCGUACGCUCAGUUUGCCGCUCCAACGCUUCAUAGACGAAAGGCAUGAAGUGAACUAUGGCCAUAGUUCUAGUCAUGAGGACGCGUCCGGAGUGAAGAAAGCACCGACACCUACAGAAAGACGGCAAAAGUCUAAAUCCGCUUCGACCAGGGCCGAACCGCUUAGCAACAUUACCACUGCGCGUCUUAGAAAACAGUUGACUACCCAUCCCAGUCUUGAAAGCAUUGGGUCCUACAAAUCGAAGACCCAGCCUCCCAACACCCAAACUUUACCAAAGAAGCCCAGGUCUCGGGCUUCCUCUAUAAACAAGCAGCCGAUUCGGCCACGGCCGAAGGACCAGAUGGAUGAGAAAAUUAGCUCCAUCCUCACCUCGCUCCCGGGAAAUAUCCAUCUGGUCUCAGCCGAUCAGGAUGAUGAUGCCAUCUCGGUGGCUUCCUCCGUCCCGUUCAGACGGGAAAGACUCCGCUCGGACUCACCUCAAGGAACUCCGUCGCGCAGCUUUACCCCUACAUCGCUCACUCUUCGACCUGCGCUCGGCCGCAGGAGGCACUCACAUGCUCCAGAAGAGAGUUCAGUAAAACUUUAUCAUCUUCAUCGCGGUGGGAAGUCUGCUCCCACGAAGCUCUUUGUCCGGACAGUGGGCGACGGCGAACGAGUGAUGGUGAGGGUUGGUGGUGGAUGGGCGGAUUUGGCCGAAUACCUACGCGAAUAUGCCAUUCACCAUGGACAUCGACGCGUAUCUGAGACGCCUCGCGUUGAAGUUGAAGGUCUUUCUCCCCGAGUUUCUCCAUCCCAUUCGCCGCCCUCUAGCACACGUCCUAUGCCAGCCCGCCCUCAUUCGGUCCUCAGCAACCGUCCAUCUUCCUCAUUAGCUGUCCGAAAGACUAGGCGUUCUUCGAAUGUCUCUGACUUUGGCGACCGCAGAACAGUCAACGGAAGCGAUUCCUUGAACGUUUCCUUCUCUGCUUUCUCCAAUAGAAGGCUAUCAGUCUCAUCGAAUGUGUCCGCGGGUGCAAUGUCAUCCGUCAGCGAGCUUCGCCAUGGGUCUCCUGGCGCUCCCGCUAUGCCUCUUGGUCUUGCCGGGCCAAAGCCUCGAGCCGCACAUGCCACUAUCAGCCCAGAGAGCGAGGCCUGGGUGGAGGACGUUCUCGGCCAAGCCCGAAGGAGCACCUCUCUCAGGCCGUUCAAGUACACUCUGCCGUCACCGGAAAAUGCUGAUGGACACACACCGGCAAUACCGAAAUCUCGGAGUAUCAGCGAUAUUGGCAAAGCUGGCUCCAGCAAACGCGUCGUACUGCGUGGUCUGCGAUAG